AUUCUCUCCAUUUUCUUCAUCUAAGUCAUUCCCAGUUCUUACGUUAUACACAAACACACGAACCCACAAGACAUGAAGUCCCUGAAGAUAUUCUUUGUGCUGGCCAUUCUCAUGGCUUCGGCCAUAUUUACUCUAAUUUCCGCCACGCCAUCUGAAGAAGAAUUGUUCCUCAUGGCUGAAACCCAAGAGAAAGAAGCAACUUCUCUCCGAGGGACAAGCCGCUUCCUUGCUCAGAAGGACUCCCGGGCCGUCAAGACAUGUGACAAGUACCCAUUGGUUUGUGAUGCCAAGGGCAGCGCGGGGCCACAUUGCUGCCAGAAGAAAUGCGUUAAUUUGACGACAGACAGGCUCAACUGUGGGAAGUGUGGGAAGAAAUGUGGCUACUCAAAGAUUUGCUGCCAAGGUAAGUGUGUGAGCCCCAUGUCCAACGAAAAGCAUUGUGGAAGCUGCGGCAACAAUUGCAAGAAAGGGAGCUUCUGUGUGUAUGGGAUGUGCAGCUAUGCGUAAAGAGACACCAACCCCAAAUCAAGCAAUCAGGAUCGAUUCAUUGUGCAGCUAUCUAAAGGCGAACCAUCAGUACUAUAUAUUUGAUGGGCUUAACUUGGCCGUUAUUUAUUUUUCUUUUCGUUGGUUUAUGUACUUGGCUAUUUAUUCAUUAGAUAUCCUUAAUUGGUUUGGUGUAAAUUUUAAGGUUUUUAUAUAAAAUUUAUGUAAGUUUAUUCAUUAAUCUUUGAUGAAGCCAGAAUCUGUA